AUGACUGAAAAAGAUCUUGUACAUCAUUACAAGGUAUUAACACAAUUUCUUGACAUAUCAGAUGAUCAACAAACAAGAUCAAAGUCAAAUAGUUCGAGAGCUCAAAGAGCAAGAGAAAAAUUAUUAAAAUUAUCUUCAGCACAAUUUAAAGAAUUAAGUACUGAUGUUUACGAUGAGUUAAAAAGAAGAAUUGAUGAAUCAAGAGGUGAACCAGAUUAUUUAUUACCUAAAUCUUCAUUCCACCCCAAAAGAAAUCAAGCAAGACAAAAGUUAGCGUCAUUACCGCAAACAAGAUUUAAAGAUUUAGUUGCUGAUAUUUCAUUUGAAAUAGAAAGAAGAGAAUUACAUAUUGGAACACAACAGACUCAUUCAAAACAACCUUCAAUUGCAUCCUCACAUCAUUCUAAUCAUACAAAUCAUACAAAUCAUACAAAUCAUACUCGUCAACAUUCUUUAUCUUCUCAUCAUACUUUAAAUAAUUUUGAAGCAAAUAAUAAUACUUCUUCAAAAAAUGUAACUUCUCCAAAUCCAGAUGUUUCUAAUCAAUCGAUAGGUUUACAAACUUCAGAAGUAGUUCCAACAAAAGCAAAUCUUACGUGGUCAAGUGAUGAAGAGGAAGAAGAAGAACAGUCACAACCCGAACAAAUUCAAGAAAAAGAAUUACAAGAAGAAGAACCAGCUGAUAAUACUCAUUUACAACAAUUACAAGAAAAACUUCACAAAUACGAGUCUGAAAAUGAAGAAUUAAUUGAAAAAAUAACAUCAUUGCAAACAAAUCUUAAUUCCACAAUUCAACAAAAUGAACAAUUACAACAACAAAUCAAAAAUUUAGAAACUGAAAAACAACAAUGGCAAUCAAAACAUGAUAAUUUAUCAAAAUCAAUAAAUAACGAGUCACCAUCAGAAUUACAAAGAAUUAAAUCCUUGAAUGCUCUAUUAAGAUUAGAAAAUCAAAGUUUAAAAAAUCAACAAUUAAACAAAUCACCAACAACAACAACAACAACAACCACCAUGUCAACACCAACAACUUCUAAAGUCAAUAUUGAUGCAUUUUUAAACAAAUUGGAUAGUAUUUCACAACCUACACCAAAAGCAUCAUCUAAAAUUUCUAAUUUACAAGAACAAGUUAAAUUAUAUCAAAGAAGAUAUGAAACUAUCUCCAGUCAAAAAACAGUAAAACUGAUAAAAUCAGUAUCGAAUAAAAAUGUAUCUGAUUACUUAUCUCCUAAUGGUUUGAUUUCAAUUAGAUUGAUUGGGGACUUACAAGCCAUGAUUGAUUCAUUUUUUAUAUUAUUAGAAGAUGAAAAUAGUGAUUCUGAUUUAUUAUUUGAUAAGAUUUCCAAAAUUGCCGUCUUGGUCAAUGAGAUUGCAAACCAAGGUGAGAAGAGUAAUAGUAAUCAGUGCUCAGUGUUAUUAAGAGAGGCAGUUGCUUAUUGUUUAACUGCUGUUCGUUAUCAUGUUACUUAUCAGUCAUUAUUUCCAAAAUAUAUUGUUGAAAAAUCAGUUGGUGAAUUAUUUUGUUGUGUUUGUGAAUUAAUAAAUCAUUGUAAAUUGAAUAAUAAUAGUAAUAAUAGAGAUAUUUUAAGUUUAAAACAUGAAGCUAAUACUCAUAUAAAACAAGAAAGAAGUAGAAGAAAUAGUGAAACUAGUAUAAGACCAUUUAGAAUCAAGACAGAUGACUCAAAAGAGAAAGAAAAAGAAAUUACAUCAAAAGAUUCAACACCAUCUAAAAGAAAUGAAUAUUCGAAAGAAAGAGAAAUUGGAUCAACACCAGCAAGAAAUGAAUCACCAAAAGAAAGAGAAACGCCAACAAAGUUCAGAACUGAAUCACCACCAAAAGGACUUGACUCUCCAAAAACUGAAAGUUCAACACCUUCUAAGUCACCAAAUAGAAUAAUGGAUAGGAUAAGAACAUUUGAAGAAGAAGCUAAAAAAUCACCACAAUCUCCACCUGAUAGAUUAUCAGGUCCAUUUCAGGUAAAAUCGCCAAAUUCUGCAACUGCUACUUCUCCAAAACCUUUAAAUUUUAGAAUUCCAAUUAAUAAAGAUGAAAAUUUGUCAAAUUCAACCAGUAAUCCAUUUAACAAAACUUCUCCAAGGUUAGUUAAUUCUAAAACUAAUGAAAUUAAUGGUUUCAAUUAUGAUAAAAGAGGAUUAAAUGAUGAUAAAAGAGGAGUUAAUGAACCUGCUGGAGUAAAUGCAUUUAAAACAAGUGGCACAAAUGCUUUAGAUAAUGAUAAAAGCGGUAUUAAUGAAUCAAAGGAUGCAAUUGCAGCUAAAACAAAUAUAUUCAAUACUGAUAGAAAUAGUCUUAGUGAAUCAAAGAAGGUAGGUUCAUCAAAUGUAUUUAAUAAUGAUCAAGGAGGAUCUAAUGAACCAUCAGAAGUUGAAAAUAAUGGAGCUAAACAAAUAGGUGGACUCAGUGAAGCAUUUUUGGGUAGAAUAGAACUCGGAGAAAUAAAUUCCAAUAAAACAAUUGAAAUUAAUGCAUUUAAUAAUGAGAGUAAAGGAAUUAAUGAACCAACAAAAGUAGAAGUACCUGGUGGAUUCAAUCAAGUUCAUAGACCAAUUGAAAAGCAAGAAACUAAACAAAUCAAUGAUGAACCAGUAAAUACCACCGGUAAAGGAUUAUUUCAAUCCUUAAAAGAUAGAUUAAUUGGUGACUCAGAACAACAACAACAACCGAAUGAUAUUUCAGAUGAUACAGUCUCAGAAGAACAUGAUAAAUCAAAUGAUAAAAUAAAUACGGCUGAAACAACACCAUCAAAUGAUCAAGAAACACUACAAAAUGAAACAAAAGAUAUAACUCCUCAAAAUGAUUCAAAUAAUACAAUUAUUCCCAAUUCAAAACCAAGAGUUACCAUCAAUGAACCGUCAUAUGAUUCAGAAUCAGAAUAUGAAUCAGAAUCAGAAGAUGAACAAGAUAUCCAAGCUAGACAAAGACAAGAAUAUCGUAAAUCAAUGGCAGCAGCAACUUUUAAUGUCGAUUUGUUUGAUAUUGAUGAUCCAGAUAAUACAUUAACUCAAGUUUUAUUAUAUUUAGAACAUCAAACAGUUGAAGUCAUAAACACAAUUCAAUCACUAUUAGCAGCAAUUAAAAAACCAAAUGCAACAAGAGGAGAAUUACGUAUGAAAUCAAAAGCUAUAACUAUUGUUAUAUCUCAGAUGACUGAAGCUACAAACACUUCAAUGAAUCAGACUAGAAAUAAACCAUUAAAAGAACAUGGUAGUUGGGUCGUUAAAAGUUUAGAAGAUUGUGAAACUAGAAUGAAUAACCUUUGUAAAGCUAAUGAAAAACUGGAUCAAAAUUAUGCUGAUAAAAAUUUUAAACAAAGAUUGGCUGGUAUUUCAUUUGAUAUUGCUAAAUGUACUAAAGAAUUAGUUAAAACUGUUGAAGAAGCUAGUUUGAAAGAGGAUAUUGCUUAUUUGGAUGCUAGAUUGAGUCAAAAUGAUGAUUUAACGUAG